CUGUACUUGGUUACAUCUGUAUUUAGUUACGACUGUACUUGGUUACAUCUGUAUUUAGUUACGACUGUACUUGGUUACAUCUGUACUUGGUUAUACCUGUUCUUGAUUACACCUGUACUUGGUGUUACUUGUACUUGUUACAUUUGUUCUUGGUUACGACUGUACUUAGUUAUAUCUGUACUUGGUUACACCUGUACUUGGUUACACCUUUACUUGGUCAUAUCUAUACUUGAUUACAAUUGUACGUAG